AGAUUAACACAGUGGCAGUAGUGACAGAUUGCAUUAAUAUAUUUACCACUAAAUAUUAAUUGUUUUUAAUUAAGUAUUUCCUGUGGAUGUAGCUACAUAAAGUUUAAAACAAAGCGUUCAUUAGUGCCCAGACUACAAUGGCAGCUAUAAAUACUCGUUUUUCUCUUUUACCUUGAUGUAUCUCCGGCAACCGCCGUGACGCAAGGCUCUCCAAUAAGGUGCGUGUCGAGAAGAAAUAACAUGGAGAGCCCCCAGAAGUCUCCUCAAAAUAGUCCAGCUACGGGUGAACGGGCCACCGUUAAGGUACACUUACCAAACGGUGGCUUCAAUGUCGUCAGAUACGGCGAUUCGGUGGAAAUUAAAGCUAUCAUUCAGACGGUUACCGAGAGAUUAUCCACAGGGGAGAGAUAUUACAAUGGACUUUAUGCUAUGAGAUUAUCCAGGUCGAAUACAGAAAUGUACUGGUUACAUCAGGACAUUACAAUGCAGCAGGUUUAUGAAAAGUAUCUUAAAAAACAUCCAAACGCAGAUUGGAGGUAUGAGUUAAGAAUCAGAUAUUUACCGGUCACUCUAAAAGAACUUUUCGAUAAAGACAAUGUGACAUUUCAUUAUUAUUACGAUCAGAUAAGAACUGAUUACCAUACCGAGUUCCAUAAAAAGAUCGAUCAGGACACAGCCAUUCAACUCUGCUGUCUAGAAAUACGAAAGUAUUUUAAAGAACUGCCUCCGAACGGUUUGGACAAAAAGUCCAAUUUCGAAUACUUAGAAAGAGAAAUCGGCAUGCAAAAGUUCAUUCCCAACAGCAUCCUCGAACAGCUAAAACCUAAAUCCCUGCGGAAAAACAUUCAGAUGCAGUUUAAGAAAAUCGCUCAUCUUUCCGAAGCGGAUGCGAUGUUCAAAUAUUUGGAAAUCUUGAAGUACCACACCAAUUUCGAUCAGGAGCGGUUCAGGGUCGAUUUCGGAGGCAGUUUCACGGUGCCCGUGGAAUUGGUCAUCGGUCCGGAUAUCGGUAUUUCUCACACCAACGUGCAAGCCUCCACCACCAAGAACAUCGCCGAUUUCAAGCAAAUUCAAGCCAUUCAAACUUUGGUUAGUGAUUGUGAAGAACACCCUAAGGCGACUUUGCAACUUAAGGUCGGCGGUACUUUGGAGGUGCUGUUUUUUACCUGUGCUAAUAUUGAUAUCGCAGAGAGUUUGGCUGAUCUGAUAGAUGGCUAUUGUAGGAUUCAUCAUAACUCCCAGAUAUCCGUUUGGAAUAAUAAAGACUCGAAAGAUGCUGCGCCGGUUAAACCACAUCUUACUAACAAAGACUAUUCCAAUUCUACGGGAACUAUAUUAUCGGAAGACUAUGCUGAAAUCGUUGAAGAGGGGGAUUAUUCAAUUCCUGUAGUAAAAAAUUAUGAAUUGAAUAGACACCAAAUCGAAUUGCAAGAGAUAUUAGGAGAAGGUCAGUUCGGAGACGUCCAUAAAGGUUGUUUUAAGACGACGGAAGGAAUGCUCAUUCCGGUUGCUGUCAAAACGUGUAAAGGCGACGCCGAUCUAGCUACCACGGAAAAAUUCUUGGAAGAAGCAUACAUUAUGCAAAAAUUCGACCACCAGCACAUAAUAAAACUGAUAGGUGUCUGUUCCGAAUCUCCCGUUUGGAUAGUAAUGGAGCUGGCCAGAUUAGGCGAGCUGCGGUCCUAUCUGCAAAAGAACAAGAACCGAUUGGACCUUUCCACUCUCCUCUUGUAUGCAUUCCAGCUGUCGACGGCUUUAAGUUACUUAGAAUCUAAGAAAUAUGUACAUAGAGAUAUUGCUGCCAGAAACGUGCUCGUCAGUACUGAUAGAUGUGUCAAAUUGGCCGAUUUCGGGCUGUCCAGGUGGAUGGGAGACGACCAAAGUUACUAUAAGGCAUCUAAGGGAAAAUUGCCCAUUAAAUGGAUGAGUCCCGAAAGUAUUAAUUUUAGAAGGUUUACCACUGCUAGUGACGUAUGGAUGUUUGGUGUGUGUAUAUGGGAAAUUUUAAUGUUGGGCGUAAAACCAUUCCAAGGGGUCAAAAAUAACGACGUCAUCGGAAAAAUAGAAAACGGAGAACGGCUGCCGUUACCUCCGAAUUGUCCUCCUCGUCUCUAUUCACUAAUGUCGCAAUGUUGGUCAUACGAACCUAGUAAACGACCGACGUUCAAAGAUAUUAAAGAAAUUCUCCAGGAGAUUCUUCUGGAAGAAAGGAGCGCACAACAAGAUACGAUAAGGAGGGAGAACAGAAAAAUGGCAACUAUGUCUUGGGGACCUAGCGACGAUUUUAUCGCUCCUGUCAAACCUGAUAGAUAUCCCAUGAGAGGUGGCGAUCCUCCGUCGUUACAAGAGCAUCCAAGUGGUACGCAGACGUACAUAAUCGCCCAGAAUCCAGAAGUGCUGGCCCAUCUAAUGAAAGAAAACGAAAACAGAGGGUACAAUCCAGCUGUUUACAACACUCCUGCCUCGGUAUUUAACACAGUAGCUGUAAACUUCCAAAAAGCGGAAGAUACUAUUGAGCCAGUCCUUAUAACCGAACCAAUUCCUAUGCAUAACCUCCAAAAACUCGAUCCAGAGGUCCAUGACAACGUUCCGAUCGAGAAGAAAACGAGCACGUUGGAAAGAACGUCUUCUCGUUCGAGUACGGGUAGCUCUACGCCGAAAAUGGGCUCAUUAGAACGGAAGUCUUUGGAGAGCUCUGGAUCUUCCAAGUUUAGCAGCUCUAUAGAGUUUAAUAGCACUCCGUUCAGUACUCCAGGCGUGUUCACUCCGAAAUUAGGAUCGCUAGAACGAAAAUCUCACAAUACGUCACCGAAAAUGGGCUCUCUAGAACGUCAACAGAAGUUUUCGUUGAAAAUGGACUCUCUGGAACGUAACGUCCACAUGUCCCCCCAAGCCCAACCCGCUCCCGGAGGUUAUGACGUCGAUCACAUCCCCAUUUACCACCCUCAUCCCGUCAUUUACCAAUUUAGCGAUAAAUCCAAAGACCCCCAACAUUUUAAGGAGAGCAUAUAUGAUUUCGGAGGGGCGAAUGUAAAAAGUUGUGCGCACAAACAGCAGUUUUUAGUGCAAAACUCGGCGCCCCAGCUUAUAUCUUCCAUAUACGGCGACCAGCUGUUGCUCGAGAGUGGUAGAGACCAAACGUUCAACGUUGUUUUGAGGCAAAAACUAAACCAGCAGCAAAUGGAAUCUGAGGAAGAUUCGAAGUGGUUGGCAGAAUCUGAAACGAAUCUGAAACGACUAAGUCUGAAUCAGGAAUCUGAGCCUACCGAAAGUACUUUAACCUCCCCACCAACUAGUCCGAGUUACGUAAGUUUCAGUACUUAUCAGCCGUUGUCGAAGACGUCGUCGAAACUCGAAAAUUAUACCGCCAAAGAAAACGAACUGCAUAGUAGUACAUGUUCGGUGAACAGCAGUAAAAGCCAUUCCCCCGUCGAGUCUGCGUUGAAUACGUUAAAAAGUAAUCAAAGUGAUGACCACAAAGAAGAUUCGUGUAGAAGUACAGGAUCGGGUGUUAUAGAGUGUGAAAAUAGGGAUACUACACAAAAUACUGCGCACUAUCUUGAUAGAACUAACGACCGUGUGUACGAAUGUACGACGGACGUCGUGCGCGCAGUGAUGUCUCUUUCUCAAAAUGUCCAAAAAGCUGUAGCUGACCAGUAUCUCGAUUUGGUCAAGAAGGUAGGCGUGGAACUUAGGGCUCUUCUAGCUAGUGUCGAUGAUAUCGUCCCUUUAUUUCCAUCGACAGCUCAUCGAGAAGUCGAAAUGGCCCAUAAGGUUUUAUCUAAAGAUAUGUCUGAGUUGGUGAAUGCUAUGAAGUUAGCACAACAGUAUAGUAAUACCACUUUGGAUGUGGAGUAUAGAAAAGGAAUGUUAGGAGCAGCUCACGUACUAGCAAUGGAUUCCAAGAAUCUCUUAGACGUGGUAGAUUCAAUAAGAGCACGCCAUCCUCAUAUAAUCCAACACCUAAAUAAGUCAUUUAACUCGAUGCCUGAAUGCGAACAAAACCAACAAAUUCAGACGAAAGAACAAACUGCGGCCGAGAUCAUACCACAGUACCCUUCAUCCAUGUCUCCGACGCCAGUAUCGUGCACUUUUGUGCAAGUACCACUCUAUACUGCUAAUAUACAAUCGGCUUCCUCUUCUAGUUUGAACACCAACGUACUAGAUAGUUAAUUGAAAUGUAUGUUUUCGUUUGGUGGACAGUGUCACAUUGACAGAUUUGUUUCUAAUAAAAACAUUGAAUUAGGUACUGCUUAAGUCGAAUGUUUAUACAGGGUGACGAACAGUACUAGUCUUGGAAUAUUGUGUGGAUGUAUCAGAAGAUAUAGAUUUCUGAUUUUCACAAAAGUUGUAUAUGAAUUUUUAAAAGAAAAAAUAUUUUGAAUGACUGUUUUAUUUCCGAAAAAGCUUCAACGUAUUGCAAAAAAUAUAUAUUCUAAUAUUUUGAAAAACGUUUUUAAUCUGACAGUUCGAAAUUUAACAGUGUCUUCAUAAGAUAUUUGUAAAAUAUUACUAUAAAUUGUGUAGAUAAAACUUGUGCCAAAAUCAGUGAACUAGUUUGCUUUUUUAUUCACACGAUCUUCUGAAAUCAAUACUUUACGUCACGCUGUACAUAUUCUAUUUUAUUUUAUUACACAUAUAUAAAAUGUGAUACUUUCCGAUGUUAUAAAUAAUUGUGUUAUAUAUUAUGUGAAAAAAGAAGGUAUUAAAAAGAUUUAGAAAUUU